AAUGAAAUUAAUAAACAAUUAGGUCGUGGUGGUGAAAAUAAAGUAAUUCUUUUAAGACAAAUCUUAAAAUCAUUUUUAAAAAGUAUUAUAAAAGAGGCUCAGUCGAUAAACGGUAGUGAAGAGAUAUGGGCUGGAGAUCUUCUGUAUAGUUGGUGUCUAAAUGGACGAAUGAAGGCCGCAAAUGCCCUUGGAAUUCCUUUAGAAAAACUCCCUACUACUAAUAACCACCUUGAAGGAAUGAAUGAAUAUUUGAAAAAUAAUCAAUUAAAUCGAUUUCAAAGAUGUGGCCACCUUCUUAGAGCUGAUAUACUUUAUAUUGCUCUUGUAUAUGAACUUCUAAUGCAAGAAUUUUCACAAGUUGCCUAUUUAUCUCCAAGUAUAAAACAGAAUGAAUUAGCAAAAAAACUACUUGAAAUGAAAAAACCAACAGAUAUUUGUUGUCAAUACUUUGACUUUCUUCAAACUGGUAUCUUGUGUAAGCAUCUUCAUGCUGCUGCUCUUUAUAUCAAUAAACUUCGUAAACAAGAGCAGUAUAUGUAUUUACCCGAAAUAACUUUUCCAACUUACCAAGAAGCUCAACAAAUUUAUUAUAAUCAAUAUGCCGACAGAUCAGAAAUGCCGAUAAGUUCUGAGAUUAAUAAUGAAGAUAACGAUAACGUAGAUGAUGAGAAUGAAAAUAUAGACAAUAAAAGCAAUAAUCACGAUAAUAAUGAUAACAUAACAUCACCAUUUAAUAUACCUGAAUCGACUGAACCAAUAUCUAAUAAAGCCAACAUUGAUACUUUAAAUACUACCGCUAUAUGCAAACAAGAAUUUAAAGAAUUCUUAGAAUCUACUUUGAGAAGUCUCCAAAUAUUGCAAGAAAAUUCAAUAUUGUUCCAGAACCUAAUUGAAUCUGAACAAUUAUCAAUGCAAGAACUAUAUAAUAUGAAUGAUAAUCGUACCCUAAUGACUCACCUUCGCGACCUUAUUGCUUCAAGCUCUUUCAAAGAAGUACAAAAUUUGGUAGACAUAAUGUAUAAAGACACAAAUCCUCAUAGACAUGUAACUUCUGGUGCUAAUAUCCUUCCGCUAGAGCGAGAGAUUAAACAACAAUGGAGACAAUCCUACAAAAGCUAA